UUAGUGUGUCUCUGCACGAGAGACCGGCGAGCAGUGAGCGGUGUGCAUCGAAAUCAUGAUGGCUGCAGAGAAGUUCUUGAUAACGGGCCCAGGCGGCCUGGUAUAUUUGAUUGUGUCAUCCCCGGUGGUCUCUACAAGCAGAGUUUGGUUAGCCGGGUGCGCCUGUCAUUGCAUUGCUACAGUCGCGAAGCUAUUGCUUGGUAACUGUGGCCGCAUUUAUGGCCGCAGGGCUCGGUCAGCAGCCGCCGUGCUACGCGUUUGAUGAGACGUGACG